UUUCUCUCUCAAAUAAUAAAGCUUCUUUCUUUACUUGUUCUGUUCUCUUGGGUAUAAAAGGACACCGAAAAUAAUGGCGGUUGUGCUAUUGAUUGAUUUGAGCAGAGAGAGAGAGAGAGAGAGAGUAAAGCAAUAGUGGCAAAGCCACCAAGCAAGCAGUAGAGUAGAAGUAGUGUACUAGACUUCACUAAGAACACAGACACACACCACCACCGCUAUCAAGCAAUUCACUUUCUGCUUCCAUUACUGGAAAACUUCGCAUCAAAACUCAACUCCUGUUUCUAUAUAUUCGCACAUGUGCAAGUUCUAGACAGUAUCUGUGUCUCUGUUCUGUGCUAGGCUAUGAUCAUCACUUGGCUUUGGCCUUUUUUUUCUUGUUGUUAGCAAAUAAUGUGUAGGUUGUGUGCUUGAUGAAGCCUUUCAUUUGAGUUUUUUUUUUAUGGUGCGAGAUCUGGUGCUUUUUGGGUUUCAUGGUGUAGUAGGCUUUGGGGGUUUUUAGGCUGAGAUCUGUUUGCUGAAAGCAGCAGUGUUGGGUUUUUAAGCUGGUGGGGUUUUUCUGAUGUUUCCUGUAAAAGCUUGUUUUUUUUAGAAUUGGUUAUCCGGGGUUCUGUAAUUUUGAUGCUGAGGGGGAAGUGGGGGUUUCAAAUGUUGAAGCUUUUUCAUUGAAGUUUGUGGAAUGAGGUGUUUAAUCAAAGGUGGGACAUUUUGGGGGGUGGGGGUGAGGUUGAUCAGGUGCGAAUGAGGCUGGAGUUGGUUGUGUUUUGUAGUGAGACCGGUUUCGGUUGAAGAUUCAGAAGUUGGGUUCUUAAGGUUUGCUUUGCAUGAAUGUGAAGCUUCCUACUUUUGUAAAGUUGUUCAUCAAGUGUUAUCCUUUUCUGGGAUUUGAAUGGGGUUUUGUCUGUUGAAGAUAUGAUAUUGUGUAGUGAAAAGAAAGGAGGUGAAGAAAAGGAUUGUUCUGUGGUUUUCUGGUGAAAUUUUUAGUGUUCAGUUAUUGUGACUAAGACCCUGGUUUAAGUACUUUUCAAAUCCCUGCAAAGAUGAGGUUCUCUUCUGCUGGCUUUAGUCCUCAACCCCAAGAAGGGGAAAAGAGAGUUUUGAAUUCUGAACUUUGGCAUGCCUGUGCCGGUCCUCUUGUUUGUCUACCUGCUGUCGGUAGUCGUGUAGUUUAUUUUCCUCAAGGUCACAGUGAACAGGUUGCUGCAUCAACCAACAGGGAAGUGGAUUCCCAUAUUCCUAACUACCCAAGCUUACCUCCACAACUUGUCUGUCAGCUCCAUAAUGUGACAAUGCAUGCUGAUGUCGAGACAGAUGAAGUAUAUGCGCAGAUGACCUUGCAACCAUUAAAUCCACAAGAGCAAAAGGACGGCUACCUACCAUCAGGAUUGGGCAGCCCUAACAAGCAGCCAACAAACUAUUUCUGUAAAACUUUAACAGCCAGUGACACUAGUACCCAUGGUGGUUUUUCUGUUCCUCGCCGGGCUGCUGAAAAAGUUUUUCCUCCGUUGGACUUCUCCCAACAGCCACCAGCGCAAGAGUUAAUUGCCAGGGAUCUGCAUGAUAAUGAAUGGAAGUUUAGACACAUUUUUCGCGGCCAGCCCAAAAGGCAUCUUCUUACAACAGGGUGGAGUGUGUUUGUAAGUGCUAAAAGACUGGUUGCUGGUGACUCAGUUCUUUUCAUCUGGAAUGAAAAAAAUCAACUACUCCUUGGUAUUAGGCGAGCUAGCCGACCACAAACUGUGAUGCCUUCAUCAGUUUUAUCAAGUGAUAGCAUGCACUUGGGACUUCUUGCUGCUGCAGCUCAUGCAGCUUCAACAAAUAGUCGUUUCACCAUAUUUUAUAAUCCAAGGGCUAGCCCAUCAGAGUUUGUCAUUCCCCUGGCCAAGUACAUUAAAGCAGUCUAUCAUACUUGUAUUUCUGUUGGCAUGCGUUUUAGAAUGCUGUUUGAAACAGAGGAAUCAAGUGUCCGCCGCUACAUGGGAACCAUAACUGGCAUAAGUGACCUAGAUGCUGCUCGGUGGCCUAAUUCACAUUGGCGUUCAGUUAAGGUGGGCUGGGAUGAAUCCACAGCUGGGGAGAGGCAGCCAAGAGUGUCCCUGUGGGAGAUUGAACCUUUAACAACAUUUCCCAUGUAUCCAUCUCCGUUCCCCCUUAGGCUUAAGCGGCCAUGGCCGCAUGGACUACCCACAUUCAAUGGUUUGAGGGAAGAUGACCUUGGCAUCAAUUCUCCACUUAUGUGGCUUCGAGGAGAUUCUGGAGACCGUGGAAUCCAAUCUUUAAACUAUCAUGGCAUUGGGGUCACUCCAUGGAUGCAACCCGGGUUUGAUGCUUCUAUGAUUGGCUUACAAACAGACAUGUACCAAGCUAUGGCUGCUGCUGCCCUUCAGGAGAUGAGGGGUGUAGAUCCUUCCAAAUCGCUACCUAUGUCCCUUCUGCAGUUUCAACCCCAAAUCCCCAGCAGGUCUGCUGCCUUAAUGCAGCCCCAGAUGAUGCAAGACUCUCAAUCUCAAUCUCAGCAAGCCUUCCUUCAAGGUGUUCAAGAAAAUCAUCGUCAGUCACAUACUCAGACUCCAACGCAGUCGCACCUGCAGCAUCAAUUGCAGCGCCAAAACUCAUUCAGUAAUCAACAGCAUCAGCUACUUGAUCACCAGCAGAUUCCAAGUGCUGUCUCUUCCAUGAAUCAGUUUGCUUCUGCCUCUCAAUCUGGGUCACCAUCUUUGCAAGUUAUCACCUCACUAUGUCAACAACAGAGCUUUUCUGAUUCAAAUGGGAACCCUGCAACCGGCAGCAUCUUAUCUCCCUUGCACAGUCUCAUGGGUUCAUUUUCACAGGAUGAAUCUUCCAACCUGCUCAACGUGGCUAGAAAUAAUCCAGUGAUAUCAUCUUCUGGCUGGGCAUCUAAGCGAGCAGCAAUUGAACCUCUGUCUGGAGUUUCUCAAUGUGUUCUGCCCCAGGUGGAACAGUUGGGACCUUCCCAAACUACCAUCUCUCAGAAUACCAUUUCAUUGCCACCCUUUCCAGGGAGAGAGUGCUCAAUGGACCAAGAAGGAAGCACUGAUCCUCAAACCCAUCUCUUAUUUGGUAUCAAUAUAGAGUCUUCACCUCUCCUGAUGCAGAAUGGGAUAUCAAACCUUAGAGGUGUUGGCAGCGAUAGUGAUUCUACACCAAUACAUUUUCCCUCUAAUUAUAUGAGCACUACAGGAGCUGAUUUUUCGCUCAAUCCAGCAGUUACGCCUUCUAAUUGCAUUGACGAAUCAGGUUUCCUUCAGUCUUCAGAAAAUGUGGGCCAUGAAAACCCACCAGAUGGAAAUUUUGUUAAGGUCUACAAGUCAGGGUCCUUCGGGAGGUCAUUGGAUAUUACCAAGUUCAGCAGCUACCAAGAGCUGCGUAGUGAGCUUGCUCGUAUGUUUGGCCUUGAAGGCGAGCUAGAGGACCCUGUGAGAUCAGGCUGGCAGCUUGUAUUUGUUGAUCGGGAGAAUGACGUUCUUCUCCUCGGGGAUGACCCCUGGCCGGAGUUUGUAAGUAGUGUUUGGUGCAUCAAGAUACUCUCACCACAAGAAGUGCAGCAAAUGGGAAAACGAGGCCUAGAACUUCUGAAGUCUGUCCCAAUGCAGAGGCUCUCCAGCAAUAGUUAUGAUGAUUAUGGAGGAACUAGGCAGGACUCAAGAAAUUUGAGUAGUGGGAUAACUUUGGUGGGAUCACUCGAGUAUUGAACUACUAAACUAGUUAAGUCAUCCCCUCGAUCAAUAUUCUGUAAUAUUUGCUUCUCUUUCGACCCUUUGGAUCAAGAGUUGGAAGGACCCCUAAUACUAGCUUAAACGCUUUAGUUUAUAUAUAAGCUAAUACACUAAUUAAAUGUUACUUAUCUUUAUUUUGGUAUUCCUUGUGUCGAAAUACGUACAAUAUAUAUAUGUAUUAGGAGAUUAAUGUUAAUAGCCUCCGUAUAUUGCAAUCUAUUUCUGUUGAGGGUCUAUAAUUCUAGACUUGUAAGUGUCAUGAAUACCGGUAUUUUUUUUUACCUCUUCUGGAUUCUGAGAGUUCUUGUGUACGAGUUAGAUGCC